AUGCUGGAGCUACGCCGCUUUGGCAAGUCGUUUAGACUGGUGUAUAUCGCAGUCAAGUUCCAGUCAUCUCGUCCCGACAGUUUCGCCAUCUACAAACGGGUUUCCAGGGACAGUCCCUGGGUUCCGUUCCACUUCUUCAGUGCGUCCUGCAGGGACAACUACGGCGUUGAUGAAAAGCUAACCAGCCUGGUUGUGGGUUCUCCAAGGGCAUUGUGCACAUCGACGUACUCGGAUAUUGUGCCUUUGAGCGGCGGGGACGCCGUUUUUGGCACACUCGAAGGACAGCCCAACAAGCACAAGUUCGAGGAAAGCGACGAGUUACAAGGGUCUCACUAUCGGAAUUCGUUGCGAUGGAAUUUAACUGGUCCUGUAAUCAACUUUCCCUCCCUUUUCCUUCCCCCCUUUCGCAACAAGGAAUGGGUCACAGCCACCGAGAUCAAGAUCACGCUGGACAAGAUGAACACCUUUCGGGACGAGAUGUACGGGAAGCAGAGCGUGUUGCAGUCCUACUUCUUCGCCAUUUCCGACUUGACCAUCGGCGGUAGGUGUAGGUGCAAUGGCCAUGCCCCGGAGUGCAUAGACGGCAUCAACGAAGCCGGGGAACGAGCACUCAUCUGCGACUGCCAGCACAACACCGAGGGAGACGACUGCCAACGGUGCAAACCGUUCUACCAGGACGCCCCCUGGCGGCGAGCGUCGGCGCUUGGAUCCUAUCCCUGCCAACCCAAAUUCCGGACGACGGUCUUCGUUUUGGCCAUCGCCGAGUGA